GAUUGGGUUACAAUCACCAGCCAGAUCUUCAAAGAGCAGCACCACACUUGAAUUGAAACUGAAAUUCAACUCCGCCCGUUACUGCAGAGCCUCACCCGGUAAAACGUGUUACUCGUCCCGGCUUGCGCGCCUUCUAGCUUGUUCUAGAACGAAGACUGACUAGUUGUCUCACGUGCUGGGUUUGAAAUACAAAAACUGGUAACUUUAAACAAGUGAAGCUUCGCGAUCACCAAGGCCCUUCCUUCAACGCUUACUUUCCGGUUUUCAACUACCACGUAUCAUCAUGCCUCAGAAACGGCGCUCGCAGUCGUGGACAGAGCUCAAACAAGCCGGUAACGAGUGCUUCAGAGCCGGUCAGUACGGAGAAGCCGUGAACCUCUACAGCCAGUCCAUCCAGCUGCUGGAGAAGUCUGGUCAGAAGAAGAAGGAAGAUCUGGGUAUUCUGUACUCCAACAGGGCCGCCAGUUACCUGAAAGAUGGAAACUGCAGUGAAUGCAUUAAAGACUGUACAACGUCUCUUGAACUGAUUCCAUUUGGGUUUAAAGCUCUGCUUCGCCGGGCGUCAGCUUAUGAAGCCUUGGAGAGAUACAGACAGGCGUAUGUGGACUACAAAACUGUUUUACAGAUAGACUGGAACAUACCGGCUGCUCACGAUGGCGUCAACAGAAUGACCAAGGCUUUGACGGAUAUAGACGGUCCAUCUUGGAGAGAGAAACUGCCUCCGAUUCCCACCGUUCCUAUGUCUGUGAAAGAAAGCCUGGCACAAGCUGCCAGCUUGGCCCCCAGCCCACAACAAAACAGCGUGACUGACAACAAGAAAAAAGCACCAGGACCUGAAGCUGUUAAAAAGGCCAAGGCUCUGAAGGAAGAAGGCAAUGUGUUUGUGAAGAAGGGCGAACACAAGAAAGCCGUGGAGAAAUACACACAGUCACUCGGUCAGGACCCCACAGAGGUCACAACCUACACAAACCGGGCUCUCUGCUACCUGUCAUUGAAGAUGUACAAAGAAGCUAUUAACGACUGCGAUGAGGCUCUUCGAUUGGAUUCCGCCAACAUUAAAGCUUUUUAUCGACGUGCCCAGGCAAACAAGGAACUCAAAAACAAGAAAUCUGCUAUUGAAGAUCUUAACAGUGUGCUCAAAAAUGAUCCAAACAACAUGGCGGCACAGAAACUACUGCAGGAAGUUCAGAAGAUGAAAUAAUCAUGAUUGUACAGUGUGGAAACUUUCCACAAGUGCCUCUCAAAGCUGCAACGUUUGCUACAGACUUUAGAUAUGCACAUCAUAAUGCUAUUUUAAAUCUAGUUAAUAAUUUGAGUGUUCAUGUUCAAUAAUUCCUACUUCACCUUCACCAGAAUUAGGGCUGCAUUUUCUACAAAAUGCUUACUGUUUUUUUGUGCAAAUAUAUUGUAUUGUUGUGGGUUAAUUACUGUCACAACCAGUUAAUGGUUAUAUACAUUUGUAAAGACUUGACACCUGUAUUUAUUGAUGUUUCAUAUGACAUUUUGCAUCAAGACAACAUAAACAGGUCUUUAUUUUAUUUAAAUAACGUGCUGUAUGAUUGUGGUAAUAAAGGAGAAUGUUCAGGA